AUGGCACCUGGCAAACCCGAGCUUGCCACAAGACAGAUGGAUUUAGAAUUCCGGUCUACAACGCAAUGGCUAGCCAUCACGAAUGGUUUGGGUCUUUCUGGCGAAUCAUCAGCGACUACUGCCGCUACCGGUCCACAUGAGGUGGCCAAAACCCAGUGGUACGCGGGCAAGAGGAAAUCCACUACGCAGAAAAUCUACCCAUUUGCCGCGCAUCUAACGACCCUCCUCGUUCGACAACAUGAAGUUGUCGCCGUUGCUCUGUUAGAGACCAACGAUGUUUUGAUGGAUGCAAUGCGGCGGCUGAAGCUCACAGCUCUCAAUCCCGUCACCGAAAAAGGCCUAGAGUUGGCGGAUGUAAGAUCCGGGUUCGUCAUCACACGAAACUUCAGACGUGACGACGUCCAGCUUCAGGCACCACCUUCAGGCCAGACUCUCGGGCAGAUUGAUUGCAAGAUCGUCAAGCUUACAGGACAGGCCUUCCCCGCGGGCACAAGAGCUGCCAAGUAUUACGUUGACAACAUCGAGAUGACGGUCAGACAAAAGAUAGGAGACUCGAGGGGACGGAUGAUGCUGCGCUCAAAAAUAUCUUUUGCUAUGCACGCCGACAAUCUUGUCUGUCUCCUCAGACGCAUGCGGCUGGCCCUCACGCAAUCGGAGCUUCGAAGAGCGUUCGGAGCUUUCAAGACAGAUCCGCCCAAGUCCGACACUUCCAAGUCCGACAAGCCCAAUUCCGACAAGCCCAAGCCCAGGUCCUCCAAUAAGAGAAAUUUCUUCGUGGCUCUCACGGCUGAUUUUCCCGAGAACGCGCGACGUCUAGCCGGCAAACACUUCCCACCCCCAAGAGACGUCAAACCCCUUACACCUCAACAGAUGAAGAACAUGAGGCACAUCAUUGGCUUCCUCAAGGACCGUGGCAAGAUCACGGGCAUAAAGAAUUAUCCGCCGUCUACGAAAGAGUGGUAUGACCUGAACGGAAGACUCGCAUUCCAAGAAAUCUUCGCAGCUCUACUGAAGGGUUUUCCUGACGCCCUGAAGGAGUUGGUCAAGCACAAAAGAGAAUGCCACUCCAAACAAACGGCGUACCUGAAAAAACCCGCAGGUGCCCAACCAGCUGAUGCUACUGUCAUGCAGAAGCAAGUCAUCAACUUCAACUACUGGAUGGCGCUACCGGAAUCGCCCCUUUCGCAGCAUUACGCCGAAGACUCUAACGACAUGGACGAUAGCAAUGAUGCAACUGAAGACAUUGAUGACACCGAGCUAGCAGAACUUGACGAGAUUGCCUGCUCAAGAAAGUAUGAGGUCAAAGAGACGGACAGCGACCAACAGAUUGCCUCAUUGAUCACAUCCAAGUCAGGAUUUCGCCUUCUUGAGACCCAGCCGAAAUAUGACGAUCACGAGAUGGAGCCACUCAAACAACUUCUUCGGAGAGUCAAGCUUCCCUCGGGCAGAUAUCUUUCACCCCAGGAGCAAGAAGAAGUGAUGAAGCAGAUCGCAAGUCUUCGGAAGGAUGCUGGUCAGUCGGAGUUCAAAUUCGACGAGGCUGUCUUCAAUGGCACAUGCCACUGCGAGACAAUUUUGAUAUGUCUGCAAAUUCUGGCGCGUCACAGAACUGAGAUCUCACCGAAUGCAGACAUCCCAGACAAAUCUAUCACGGACUUGUUCCUGAAAACAAUCAGUGUGAUGCCGGUCUCCAAGCACUGCUGCCCCGCAUGCAGCAGCGCGGUUGAGUACUAUGAGGCCAACAUUGGCAAUGUCAUGUAUCUCGGGGGACACAAGAACUGGUCGGCGUGCGCUCUUCCAUCUUGGAUCUUGAAACAUGUUGCCGAGCACAUGUUGGAAAAGGCGCAAAAGACGCUGGGAAUUCGUCUGGAGAACUUGCUUCUGAAGCGUACAUCACCUUCCCCUUCGUCAUCAGGAGUUAAGAGUCCGGAUGUAGAGCUUUCCAUGUAUACUGAAGAAGCGAGUCUCCUCGCCUUCACCGAUACAUACUCGACGUCUCUGUAA